AUGAAUCUCUUUCGGCUCAUGGCCGAUUUCUCCCACUUGGCGUCGAUCUUCAUGCUGCUGCAGAAGAUGAAGACGUCAAGCAGCUGCUCUGGGUUGUCAUUCAAAUCACAAGUCCUCUACCUCCUCGUUUUCGUCACUCGUUAUCUGGACCUCUUCUGGACCUUCACCGAGUCUCUUUACCUUACCACCUUCAAGCUUCUCUUCAUUGGCUCCUCUGCCUACGUGAUCUACCUGAUGCUCAACGACUACAAGCCAACGCAUGACCCCAACAUCGAUACCUUCAAGGUCCAGUACCUUUUGGGAAUCAGCGCGGUGCUUGCGAUUCUAUUCCCCCACGAUUAUCGUGUUUCCGAGGUAAAUGCACUUGCGACCCCUUCGCGCCGACCUCGCGCUAAUGUCAUUCAGAUCCUUUGGACCUUCUCAAUCUGGUUGGAAUCGGUUGCAAUUUUGCCACAGCUGUUCAUGCUCCAACGAACCGGCGAGGCUGAUACGAUUACCACCCAUUACCUGUUUGCCCUGGGUCUCUACCGCGCCCUUUACAUUCCCAACUGGAUGUUCCGGUACUUCACCGAAGCUUCGUUCCAACGCUCUUUCCAGCCCGUUCCAAUCCUGGCAGGAAUCAUCCAAACCCUGCUUUACUCCGACUUCUUCUAUAUCUACUAUAACAAAGUUUUGAAAGGCAAGAAGUUCUCGCUUCCCGUCUAG